AUGCUUGGAUCAUAUGCUAGUUGCCAACAGCCCAAUAUGAUUUCCCCCUACUAUUUUAACUUCAAUCCAUAUUAUGUAUAAUAAGGCACUGUUUAUUAACAAAUGCCACAAAAUGCUUCAAAUUAUGUUUUUUCUAUUCCAUUUUAAGGAGGUUUUUAGUAUUUCACUCCCUCAUAAUAAUAAUAAUUAUCACAGUUAUUUUUCAAUAACUAGUGUUAAGUAUUAGCAUCUAAUUAUCCAAGUUCUUCUUAAAUAAACGUCACAGAAAAUGCUUAAUAAUCUUAGAAUAAUGAAUAAAAUUUUGUGGAUAAUUAAUAUAUGGCUAACUAAAUUUAAUAAGCGAUGAGUUAAACAAUUCAAAAUAAUAAUAAAAUUGAAAAUUUACAAGUUAAUCAAGAUACUGAAACUAAAUAAUUGAUUAAAAAAGAUUCUUCUAUAAGUAAUUAAUAGUAAUCUUCAUAAGAAAAUAAUAUAAAUAUAAAUUAAGCUCAUUCUUGCAAUAUCUCUUAAUCGAAUAUUUCCAACACAUAACAUUUUUCUAAUUUAAUUUUGCAAGAAAAAAAUAGUGCUUUUAAAGAUUCUUGUGAAUAAUUCUAGCAAUAAUAAAUUGAUUCCCCAUUAAGUAGAUCAACCCAUUUUAAAGGAAUUAGACUCUCAAUUCAUACUGAUGAACCCAGUACAAAGAAUGCUGAGAAUUGCAAAUCCUCUAAUUUAAUCGAUGAAGGUUCCACAAGCUUAUGCAUGAAUGAAAACAAUAAAAGUUCCACCACUGAACUAAAAAUAUAAAGCCAAUAAAAUUCUUCAAGAUUUAUAAUUUUUAAAGAAAAGAAAACUAGUUCUCAGGAUAACCUAUUUUCUCUCUAAAAUAAUUCUGAUAUCAACCAAAAAUCGCUCUCACUUGAUGAUAACAAGCUCAGCGAAUAAUCUUUGGAUGAAGAAAACCUUUUAGAGAGUGAAGAAGCUUCUCAAAAUUAAAACAACAUUACAAAGGAAAAAUAACUCUACAACAAAUCGAGAAAUUUUUCAAAAAAUUUACUUAAAUCUUUCUUUAAAUAUACUCAAAAGGCUAACUCAGAGAAUAAAAGAUUUCUCUUUAAUUUCAAGCGUUAUAUUUCUUCUAACAAAACAAAUAAUGAGCUUAUAAUAAAGCUUUUAACUAAUUCUCCAUAUCAUUCUUAUUUCAUAGAAUUCCUUGGAUAACCCGCAACUGAUUGGAUAGUGAAUAGCAAAGUUCAAAACAUGCAAGAAUAAUUAAAAUUCCUCGAACUCUGUAGAAGCGGUUCAGUAUCCGAUCUUAAAAAAAGAAGCCAUCAUAAAAAGAAAUCUCUAUUUACUCUUAAAAAAUAAUGA